GAGCUGUGAGUCGAGAUUUCUACUUGUUCCCGCGAUUCCCCUUAGGGGACGAUUCUGUGGGCGGUACUACAGGAAGAACUGCGUUGCGUUCGCUUCCAAGGGACCCCUUCUUGCAAGAUAUGUCAAAAAUCGGGGACCUCGCUGUGGGGCAGCAGCACUGCAACCUCGAGCAGGUUAUUUAACCUCUCUGAGCUCCAUUUUCUGUAGACUGGAGAAAAUGAUAACCUUGCAGGGUGGUUGCGAAGAGUAUCCGAGCUUUAAAAGGUCAAGUUUCUGCAGCAGCGCCCUCGCAUUGUGUGGCUGGACCAAGGUCAGAAAGGGCGUCCCGACCUCGUCUGGACUCUGGGCCUCACCGUCUUCGGUUCCCCGCGAACGCGGGCGGUGGCCGGGCCGCAGGGACCAGGCGGGCGGCCCCUCGCUUGCGGGGAUGCGCCCUUCAAGCUUGGGGUGCUCCCGGAGCCGCCUUUCCUUCCUCCCCGCCCGCUCCGCGCCGACAUCUGCGAGCUGAGCGGCCCUCCCCGUUCCCUCCGCCGCCCCCGCUCUGGUCGCAGACUCGGGGCCCGCCUCUCCACCCCGAACUCAACGCUCCGAAGGCACCCGCCACCGGCGUGCCCGAUCGCCACGGGGGUCGGGGCAGCUCCUGCCUCCAGCGCAGAGGGACGUGGCUGGGAGGCGCAGGGGCUUCCCCUUGGCCCCACCGCCUCAGGUCUACCGAGAACAGUCGGCCGGGCGCAGCAGCUCCCUGUCUCGCGGCAUUGAACUUGGCCCUUCCCCCCUACCCCCCCCCCCCCCCCCGGCACUGAAACCAGCUGCCAGGAACUGAAAUAUUAAUAGGUACAAACUUCCUGGAAAGAUUUUCUGCUCCAAGAUGGAUGACCCCGCCUUCUUCCACCAAAAUAAAUAAAUGAAGGGCAGCUCCCGGGCAAGCAGCCGGGGAGCCUGGAAGCCCGGAGCGGCCCCUCCCCGCGGUGCUGGGGCCUCGGCUGGCGCGCGGGCUGCGGGGCGCCGGGGAAAGGCUCUCCUUUGUACGCACGGCUCGGGCGCGCGCCGGCGGCGCGGACGUACCGGCGGCGGCAGAGUUCUUCGACAUUCGGAUCUCCCGGGCUUCCCUUGGCCGGGAGGCAGUUGUAACGGAGGAAGCCAACCCGCCUCUGCCUUUCUUCCAGCUUCUCGGGAGGAGAUCACAGACCCGCCGCUUUCCCAAGACUCUGAGCUUCCUGCGCCCGCUCGCUUCUUGCAGAUAGCAAAGUUUCAGUGCCCACCCCCGAGCCAACCCCAACCCCGGGAGCGGUCUGCACUCCUCCCCCCGGCCCCCCGCCAGUUCCAGCUUCAGGCUUCUCAAGAACUCUUCUUUUUGCUACAAGACUCAAAGAAACAGCCCCUGGGGAAGGAAUAUGCCAUCGCUUUUACUUCCUGUAUAUCUCAGGGCCCCAGCAGUGCUGGCUCUUCUCGGUCCACAUCCGGGAUCCCUCUUGCCUCCCUCUCCAGGGUCGGGCACUCCUCAAGCCACAGGUGGUGCAGUAGUUAAGAAUCCACCUGCCAAUGCAGGGGACACGGGUUCGAGCCCUGCUCUGGGAAGAUUCCACAUGCCGCAGACCAGCUAAGCCCGUGCGCCACAACUAUUGAGCUUGUGCUCUAGAGCCCGUGUGCCACAGCUAUUGAAGCCCACGCGCCUAGAGCCCGUGCUCCGCAGCAAGAGAAGCCAUUACAACGGGGAGCCCAUGCACCACAAUGAAGAGUAGCCCCUGCUCUCAGCAACUAGAGAAAGCCCGUGUGCAGCAACAAAGACCCAACG